AUGCGUAUGUAUCUCCAUGAUUUACUUGUUGAAAGAUCUAGUUAUGCUUUAAAAGAUGAAAAUCCUAAGUAUAUAGCUAUUGUAUGAUAAGAUUCCCUUCAAUAAAUGAAGAUAUCAAAGUUGUGUGUUUAGUUCGUAAAAGGCGUUCACAUGAAGAAGAGAAAUUACAUUUAGAAUAGGUAUACAUAAUAUUAUAAAAAUGAUAAGAAAUUACUUUCUAAAAUUUGUAUUAUUGAUUAAGAUGAUAUAUUUGAUAAAUUUUGUUUACAAGGGUCAUUAGAAGAAAUAAUAAAUUUAUUAAUUGAAUGUUCUAAUGGAUUAGCAUUUUCUUCUUAACCAAAGGUAACAUUAAAUACGAUUGCUAAAUAAUAUAUUGUUAAUGAUGCUAUUUGGUUUAAUCCUAAAACAUUUUAGACAUGUGCUGGUUGGGUAAUAAAUGAAUUUGAAAAAGCUAUAGCUUUGAUGUACAAAUUUAUUUAUAAUUUAGAUUUUAUUAAAGUUAAUAAGGAAAUUAAAAUGAUAACAAUCCAAUUUAAAAUGAUGAUCUAAAAAAAUAUUGGAUGAAUAAUGUUGAUGUUAAAUAUAAAAUCCUUCAUUAGAUACCAUAAAUAUGUAAAGAAUUUAAGAAUGCACCUAAAAAGAAAAAUACAAAAUAGGAAGAUAUCUUAUGGGCAUAAUUAAUAAUGAAAAAACCUAUAUUUUAAGAAGAUGGAUAAAAUAUAUGUGAUAAAAAUACUAUCAUUUUAUAAUAAUAAUAAAUAAAUGAAGAAGAAAUUAAUUAAAUAUUUGAAAAUAAUAAUUUUGAUGAUAUUUACUGUUUACCUUUAGAAAAAUUUAUAUUACUAUAAUCUUUUUGUGAAAAAAGAGUUUUAAGAAUGAUAAGAGAUUAAUUUAAAGAAAAAUUGGUAAAAGAUCUUUAAGAAAUAGAAUGUAAAGAAAAAAAGAAGACUAAAGAUUAAAAAAAGAAAUCUAAAAAGCAUAAAAAGUAAAAAAACAAAAAUGAUAAAGAUUCAUAAAAAAAUCUUAUAUCUUAAGAUAAUUGUAAUAGUUUUGAAAUUAUUGAUAAAUAAGAUUCAACUUAAGAUGAUGUACAUUGUACUGAAUGUGAAUACAAUAGACAUUCAAAGUAUGAUAUAUUUUAACUUUAAGUCCUUAAUAAGAUAAUAAGAAAAUAGAUUGUUUAACUACUCAUCUUGAUAAAAAAGAUACUAAUAUAAUAGUGCCAUCCAAAUUAACAGAAAUUAUUUAAGAUAUAGAUAUAAAUGAAAAUUAAUAAAAUGAUGAUGAAGAUAAUUGGGUUAUCAUUACAGGACCAAAGAAAUAAAAAAAUAAAACAUAAAGAAAAUUUGCUACAUCUUAUGAUCUCCAAUUUAAAAAAUCUAAUUAAUCUAAUUAAAUUACUCCAAUAUAAAAACAUACACCUAUUAAAACAAACUAAUUUAAUUAUUAAUAAACUGAUAUUUAAGAUUAAGAUAAACAGAACUAUUUUAAUAGAAAUAGUUUACAAUCAAAUACUUAAAAAAUAUAUUCUUAAUAAAUUUUAACUCCUUAAAAAAAAGAGACAAAAUCAUAAUAAUCAAUUAUUGUAGAUAAUAAAAAAUAAAAUAAAUCUUUAGAAAAUCCAAUCAUGAAUAAAAUAGAUGAUAAUAUUAUAAUUAAACCAUUAUAAUAAAUAAUAAAAAUAUAAGAGUUGAGUCUUUGUUAAGAUGAAUUAAUGUUUAAUAAUUGUAAUUAAAAUAUUAAUCAAUCUUAAAAUAAUUUAGAACUUAAUCAAAUAAAUAAUAAUGAAGAUAUUGAUGCAAUCAUUAUGAAUUAGGCUAGAUAAUUGAUGAUUAAAAAACUUGAUAUGGAUAUGAGAGAAUUUAAUGAUUUAAUUUUAACAUAAAAUUAAGAAAUUCUUUAAAUGAGAAGAUUAAUUUAUGAUAGAAUAUCAUUUAUUAUUAAUUUACUCUUUAGAGGUUAGAUAUUUAUAAUAUUUAUAUAUAGAUUAUAAUUCUACUGUUCGUCUAUUUGGAUCAUGUGCUACUGGUUUAGCACUUCCUUAAAGUGAUAUUGAUAUUGGAAUAACAGGAUUUGAAUUAUUUCCAUCAAAUCAAUUAAAUGGACCAAUAUAAAAAAUUAUAGAUUUUUUGUAAAAUAUGAAAUGGGUCAAAAAUAUAAGGUAUCAUUAAAUCUGAUUUUCUAGAGCUAUUACAACAUCUAAUAUGCCUUUGAUUAAACUUCAAGUUGAUCCUACAAUUUCCUUUGUAGAUUCUUCUCAUAAAAUAUUAUUACCUUAAAUUGAUUUAAUUCAGAAGUAUUGAUAAUAAUAAUUUUAUAGUUAUGAUAAAGAUAGUUGUCCCUAUCUAUUUAGUGUAGAUAUCAGUUUUUUUUAAUAUUAAGGAGCUAAAUAAAGUUGGCAUCUAGGAUAAAUAUCAACAGAAUAAACUCUAUAAUGGUUGUCUUUUUAUAGUGAAUUAAGACCAAUUGUUCUAUUAUUCAAAAGUUUAUUAAAAAAGAGAGGAUUAAAUGAUUAAUAUAAAGGUGGAAUUUCUUCUUUCUGCAUAAUUUAAAUGGUAUUAGCAUUUUUGGAGAAUUGUUAUCAUUAAAAUUAAGCUUCAUCUAUUGGAUUUACUACUUAUAAAUUCUUACAAUUUUAUGGAAUGGAAUUUGACACUAAAAAAAUAGGGAUUAAUUACAAAGGAGUUAAUUAAGAGUAAAGAUCUAUUAUAAUUUAGUCCUUUUUUUGAAUUGAAUGAAGAAGAUAAUUAAUUAUAAAUUACUAUAGUUUCUCCAAUUACAAAUGAAAUAAUAAGUCAAGCUGGUUCAUUUGUAUAAACUAUAUUACAAGAUAUAAAAACUCUAUUUUUGGCAGCAGAAAAUGAAGUGAUAUUCUUUUAUGAAAAAUUAAAAUAUAAUAAAAAGAAAAAAGGUAAAAAGGAAGAAAGAAAUUUGUUUCAAAAAGAACUUAAUAAACUUGGUCCUCUUUUUAGUAUAUCUACAUAUAAUAAAACUUGA